UGUCAAAAUAAGUUCCGUUAUGUCUUCGUCUUCUCCUUCUGUCAGAAGUGGAUCCUCCGUUUCGCGUUGUUAAAUCUUUGCUUAUUCAUAAAUAGCGAGUGAUUGAACCGUAUAUUGUGAAUUAUUUGAAAUAGUAAUGAAUCGGUUUGUUAGUGAAUGUGUUCAUUCCAACGUUAGUGCAGUGGGAUAAGUUUUACUGGUGGUGUUGUCAAAUCCGAUUCUCAAAGGAUUAUUCUGACAUAUGUGUUGAAAGUUCCUCUUUUUAUAUUCGACCAUGACAAGUUCGCCCCCCGUAGUGUCUAGCUCCGCCGCUAGUUCUGUAUUCCCUCCCAAUGUAAGUUCCCCCUCCCCCACACCCUCCACCACGCCUUGGCCUACCUACCCUCAUGCGGAACCUAUCUUCCUCCAGACGAGGCUGGCACAAGGCAUUGCCGGAGCCUUUGUAUGGGUAGCACUCUUCCUCACAUGCCAACAGAUAUACAGACAUCUGCGUUGGUACACCAACCCUUCGGAGCAGAGAUGGAUCAUCAGGAUUCUCUUCAUUGUCCCCAUCUACGGCCUGCACUCGUGGGUCAGUUUGUUGUUCUUCAACAGCGAGAGUUACUACGUUUACUUCUUCACUGUACGAGACUGCUAUGAAGCUUUUGUGAUCUACAACUUCCUCAGUCUGUGCUACGAGUAUCUCGGAGGAGAAGGCAAUAUUAUGAGCGAGAUACGAGGCAAGCCAAUCAGGUCCAACUGCGUGUAUGGAACGUGUUGUCUGGGAGGUAAGACCUACACCAUUGGAUUCCUCAGGUUCUGCAAGCAAGCUACUCUUCAGUUCUGUCUGGUUAAGCCAGUCAUGGCGUUUGUCAUCAUUGUACUGCAGUCCUUCGGUCACUACCACGAUGGUGAUUGGAGCUUGGACGGUGGCUACCUCUAUGUCACCAUCAUAUACAACUUCUCCGUCAGUCUGGCUCUGUAUGGUCUCUACCUCUUCUACUUCGCAACUCGAGAACUGCUGACACCGUUUGAACCUGUGCUUAAGUUCUGCACCAUCAAGUCGGUCAUCUUCCUCUCUUUUUGGCAAGGUACGCUGUUGGCUGUGCUAGAGAAGGCUGGUGUGAUAGAGCCAGUGGUGGACAGCUACGGGACUCCGACCAGUGCUGGUACAGUGUCUGCCGGCUACCAGAACUUCCUCAUCUGUAUUGAGAUGCUGUUUGCUGCCCUCGCACUCCGAGCUGCUUUCCCCUACAGGGUGUAUGCCACAGGCUGCAUCACUGAUGCUUCUGGCCGCAGUGUCACCAUGCAGAGCAUCUCGUCCAGCUUGAAGGAGACGAUGAAUCCAAAAGACAUAAUGACGGAUGCCAUCCAUAACUUCCACCCUCAAUACCAGCAGUAUACACAAUACAGCUCUGAAGUCGGAUCUUCGACCAAUCAGCCUUAUGACAAAUUGUGAACUGCGUAGUUGGCGCACCUGCUCCCUGUGUGCUGCGUAGUGGCACCCCUGUCUUGCUGCAUGACUGUGAUCGUUGCGUUGGCAUGCAAUUAUUGCUCUUUCCUCGCAUGUUUCGACGUUCAAUUCAGUGUAUUUUGCCCCAUUUCAAACCUGGUUGGUAUGAUUGGAAGGAUAUAAUUUCAAAUUUUUGCUGGAAAGUAAACUGAGUAUUAAAUUUACAGUAUUUAUAAUUUUCAAUCGUACAAUAAAGUAGUUGUGCAGUUUGAAAUUGUAAUACAAUCAAAAUGAUACUGUUUAGCCUUGUCACAUUUUAUUGUAAGUAUUGUAUUAGUUUAGUCUUAUGAUAAGUCUGACUAACUAUUGAGUUAUAUCAGUAUUUAGCAGAGUAUUCUCUUAAAAUGGGAAAAAGAACAAUAUCCUUUAAAAAUGAAUACUAUCUAUAAGCAUUAAACAUUUUUUUUUUCUUGAAUCUUGAAGCAGAAUUAUUUCUACCAACCAGAUUUGAUAUAUUUCUUAGUUUCAAUUUACUUAUAUCUAGGGAUGGACGAGAUUGGAUUUUUAGUUCGAGACGAGACGAGACGAGAUUUUUUAUUUCUCAUAAAAUUUCGAGACGAGAUCGAGACGAGAUUUCUCUUCUCAUACACAACGGGAAAUGCACGUUCGAAAUUUUUACCUGAUUUUUUAACAUUGUUAGAUGACUGUUUAAAUACUAAAAUAAUGAUAAUAGGCAAGAAUAUUUACAAUCUUUCAUUAAAUAACAUCAGCAUAACAUUUUUUUAUUAAUCACGCCUAACUUAUUAAAAAUGCCUACGAUUAGGAAACAUGGUGAUAUCAGUUAGGAUAGAGUUCAACUUAUCCUAAAAUAAAAUAAAUCAUAAAAUAAAAGCAAUAUUAAUUUUUAUAAAAUAGUUACUUGUUUUGACUUUUUUUAUAGUAAUAAAACAUUCCUCACACUGCUUACACUUAACAAAACUUCUCAAAUGUUAUUAAAGUAAUAUUAUUAAAAUAAUGAAAGUAAUAUUUACAUUAAAAGAAUUAAUUAAAUAAGAACGCCUUCGAAAAGGAAACGCAACUACAACACGCUCCUGUAUUGCGGGUAUUGCAUUGACUUUCUGCAGGCGUUUUUAAUUUUUUUUUUUUUUUUUUUUUUUUUUUUUUAUUCUCGUCUCGAUAAAAAUCUCGGCCAAAAAGUAAUCUCGUCUCGUGUAACGAGAUUGAAAAUUUCCCGAAAAUUUCCCGAAAUUUCGAGACUUGACCAUCCCUACUUAUAUCAUCCAAGUGCCUUAUUUUGUGUUACUUUGUUAACAUUAUUGGCCUCAUUUCAUCAAAAAUCUUAUUAUUUUUUGUACCCGUUACAUAAAUUUUUAUUGUUCCUGUUAACCAUUGGCUUUAAAUAGGGCUUUGUUGUUGUCCUCGAUAAAAUAUGCAUUAACAUGUAAGGAUAAUUUAUUUUGAUUGCUUUAAAAACUGUGUUUUUUGUUGUUGACUUGGCAAAUAAAACCUAUUGCUGUAACUUAGUGAAUUAAAAUAUAACUAAAAGUUUGAAUAGAAGCUUUUUUUAAAGUGGAUAAAUUGUACUUAAAAACUAAAUUUGAAAGAUUUUCUGAAUUUUAUUUUGAAACUAAACUAGCUGAAUCACUCAUUUUUCAGUGUAGGCCUAAUUUAAGCAGUUUAAUUUUGUAUAGUUAUUUAAGUAGAACAAAUGUUUAAAAACUAACUGUAAUAUUGCUAAACAUAUAAAACGGCUUUAAAUCAAAUGCACGAACAAACUUAAUAUUCAGUGUCUAGGUUAUUUUUUUAUUUUUGUGAUAUGUUUUAAUUCGUGAAUGCUUUGUAUAUUGCGAUUCAUGGGAUAUUUGUUGCAAUACAUUCUUAGCAUAAGUUAAAAAAAAACACAUUCCAUGUGUAGGAUUUUAUGUCAUUUAACAUAGUAUUUUGUUCUAAGAUAUUGUAAUUUUUGUAACGAGUUGUGUAUUUAUUUAGAUUUAUAGGUUAAAUAUAGCUGAUUGGAUGUAA